CCCGCUGAAAGAAGCGGCGUGCGCUUUGUCGGUGAACUUUCUUGUCAAUUCACGAACUUUCGUGUUUAGUUUGAGUAAUUUCCAGGAUGUAUCCUUAGAUUAGUAAGGUUUGAUUAUUUUUAAAUCGGGCAGUGCGUGAGUUUUGAAAAACUCGAAGCUAGUUAGUCUCCAAUGACUCAUUUGUUGACACUGAUAUGUUGUGAACUUCUAGGUUAGGUGUGAUCAAUCGCCUCGCGACUUUCAACAUGACGAAAAUACUUAUUUUAAUUUUAUUUUACAUUUGUUUGGCCUAUGGGUCGAAAUUGAACGUCCCUAGGGUCUUACUACCCCUCUUCAAAGAUGUCACCAGUAAUUUUACUCUGGAAGUCAAGGACAAUGGUUGUUACAAAUGGAGCAUUUCCAGGAAGGAUGUCAUCCAGUUAAAUCUGAUCAACCCGGACCGAAAAGAAGAAUGCUCUUCUCAAGCCCAGAUAUCAACAAUAUCAAAAGAAUUUACCCGCAACACUGUUAUGGUGUUGCUAGAAGAUGUUGUUAGUGGCCAAAUCCUACGAUGUGAUGUCAUAGUCGAUGUAAUAUAUGCCCUCAAUAUCACUACAACCACUCGAGAACUUUUCAUUGAAGAGGCGCCAGAAAAAUUUGAGGUCCGAGCAUUUGAUGAACAAGGGAACCAGUUUACCACUCUAGAUGGCAUCCAGUUUAAGUGGACGAUCAGUAGCAACAGCUGGCACUCAGACUACAGGACAGACAACAGCGUUCUACGCUUCAUCUCUUUCAGAGACUCUCCAUAUGAAGUUCCUCUUGCUAUUAAAAGUCUUGAUGAUGCUGGUCUACAAGGUCAUACUGUUCUGUUAGAAGGCAGAAAAACUGGUUCUGCCAAGGUUUCAGUGGAACUUCCUCAAGCCGAGUAUGAGAAGGUCGCCCCGGCUGAUGUCCAGUUAGUUGUCGUUGCGAAUCUGUUAUUGGAACCAGCAGAUGCCUACAUGAUGAAAGGGGACACUCUUCGAUUCAAACUCCUGCAGGUGCAACAUGGAAAACUCAUCGAAAUUCCUUUGGCCUCCAGUCAGUAUUAUUUUGACUCGGAGGAUCUAGAGAUUGCUAAAGUAUUGAACAACAAUGGCCUUGUGUCUGCUGAAAAACUUGGACGCACAAAAUUAACGCUUUUCGAUCGCAAUGUGGAUGAGAGAGACAGUGUUAGGCUGCCACAAGCUCACAUCACCGUUGCAGAUCCUGCUCGCAUAGCUCUUAAUUUGCUGCCGUAUAAAAAUUGGAAUGUCCUCAUGAACGAACCAACUUCAAUUGUUGUGGAAAUCUUUACAGCAGAAGGGCAUAAGUUCUCAAUCGGCGAUGGCGUGAGAGUGAUAUCCUCUAUUCCGAGAGAUUUCUAUCAAGUGAAAGAUGAAGCAUACAACGGAACAUACCACUUCGGCACUGCUGUCAAGCCUGGUGUUGCCCAGAUUCAAGCCAAGCUAGAGUCCAUAACCACGCCUGAUGAUGACACCAUUCCAUUCAAGAAACCUUUGACUGCUCAGGCGGAGAUGUUUAUAUACUCCAAGAUUCAAGUUGUUCCUUCGGAGACUGUGCUUGCUUGGGAUCCUAUCAUCAAACCGAAGUAUGACAUCAAAUUGGAGGCAACUGGUGGCGAUGGUAAUUUCGAGUGGAGCGUAGCGAAUACCACUGUUGCUGCGGCCAAAAGCUCAGGCUCUAUCAAAGUUCUCUCUUUAGGAUCAACUUCAGUUUUUGCCAGUAUGAAAAAAAAUAUCCACAACUACGGUAUCGGAGAAAUUCAUGUUUUACUUCCUUCCCGUUUAGAAAUAGUUCAGUACGUUUUAGAAGAAGAAAUCAAUCGGCCAAUUUUCAUCCAUGUAGCUUUAUUUGGGGACAGAGUUGUCAAUAAUAUUCUUAAGCGUGUCCGUAUAACCAACUGUCAUUUGAUAAACUUUAACAUCACCUCAUCAGAUCCCUCUUUUGUGUUACAUCCCCAGCAGGAGACUACUCCAGCAAAGGGUGCCUGUGCUACUGUGGCUGUAGUGAGUUCCACUGUCGGGACAGCAAAAAUCACUGUUUCUUACUCUGUGGAUGGUGAUUCUUUUGAAGACACCGUCACUGUUGGAGCAUAUGCUCCGCUAGAAGUUGUUCAUCCAGUUAAGGAAACAGUCUUGGCCCUAGCCUCAUCCAGACAUAUUGUUUUCCGUAAGGGUCCAAAACCAUGGUCAGAAAAUGGAGGUAGCUAUAAGAGGCAGAUAGCGGUAUCCAGCGACAGCGUACAAGUUAGUGAAGUAACAACUUUUGGUAAAAGUGAGCCUAAUGAACUCUAUGUCUACACAGUUGAAUGCUUAAAAAUAGGAGAAUCAAUAGUCUCUUUAUCUAUUUCUAAUAACCCAAAUUAUGUGCGUUGUAAAGCAACAGAAGCAAUAGCUCAAGUGAAGGUUAUUUGUGCAAAACCACGGUACAUUGUUUUAAAACCUGACGUCUCAAAUUUUGGAGAGAAGUGUCCUAUGAAUCCUCAUAGUGACUGGAUUGUAGCUCACUGUUACCAAAAUAUAGAAGUAGCUGUCACAAUCAAAGAUGCCGAUGGUAGAGUUUUUGACAAUGCCACCAGUCUAGAUACCAAUUGGAAUGUAGCGUCAACUGAACUUGGAAGUGUAGCUGCCCCAGGAAUGAUUCCUCUAAAAUAUCGAGCAGAAAACAAUUAUCUUAUCCCUGAAAGUCAUUUCCAAGUUAUAAUUCCAAAAAAUAUUACAGGCUCCAUGAAAGUUACUGCAUCUUUAAGAGGCUACCGAAGUCAAAUGCUGAAAGCCAUUGGUGUCUCCGCUGAAUACCCUGUUUUUGGGGUGAAAAAUGAAGACGGAUAUGAAGUGACUCCGGAGAUCAAGUCUAGCAUUGUAUUUCUCCUUGUUGACGAUACAAAAAUUUUACCAAAUCAAACAUCGAUUCUCAAUCAUCCGGAGGAUAGAAUCAGUUUGAAAGUUGUUGAAGGUUCUGGUUUCUACAGUUUAACUGUUUCAGGUGAAAGUUUUGCGGACGUAAAAUACGAUGAAAGUUCUCGCUCAAUUGAGGUGACACCUCUUCAGUCAGGAGCUAUCAGAAUUGUUUUAAAUGAUUUGUGUCUGAAAGGAAAACCAGCCAAAGCUCAAAUCAAUAUAGUGAGGAUUGGUAUGAUUCAGGUAGACAUGAUCGACAAAAUCGAAAAAGGACAUUCUACUGUGGCCAAAGUUAAAGUUUUGGAUGUGAAUGAUAACCCAUUAACGGUUUUGAGACCAGAUAUUUUAGGUUUAUCUGCUCAUGUAGACCAGAAUAUCAUAUCCGUGGAAAAGGAUUUUGUGGAUGAGCCUCAGAAACGAAGAGGCAAGGAUGGCAUCAGUUUUGUCGUGUCUGGUAAUGAAUUGGGCUCUACAAAUUUGAUCUUCAGCUCUGGCGAUGGUGAAAGGAAGGUUCGCAGUCAGCAAGUGUCAGUUCAUGUCUUCCCUCCAUUGCAACUUCUGCCGAGAGAUUUGACUAUCACUCCAGGGGCACGGUUCCAGCUCAGCUCAAUAGGUGGCCCACAACCUGAUUGUAUUAUGGAAUUUGUUUCAAAUAAUAGCACAGUUGGAAAAGUAAAUGAUGCAGGCCUAGUUGAGGGUUUGAAGAUUGGAGACAUAACUGUUCAAGGACAAGCAGUUGGAUUCAACAAAAUUUCUGGCAAUCGCAUUGUGUACUCAAAAAGUUAUGCUGUAGUUCACAUAGUGCCUCUCGAAGGCAUAAAAAUUCAUUCUCCCAUCGUCCGAAUGAAAGUUGGAGCUAAAGUCCCUGUUUGGGUUGGUGGUAUUCCAGAUGUCAUAAGUCCACUAAUCCUCGGAAGUAUUAAACCCUCACUAUCUUUUAAGUGGUAUGUUGUCUCACCAGAUUUCGUUGAAAUCAAGGAUGUGCUUCAUGAGUCAGGCAUAGAAGUCAGAAAUGAAGAUCGCCUGUCAGUUCGAAUCCGUGCGCUGAAAGCAGGCAAAGUUUCAUUGUACGUCAAUGUAACACUGCCUCCUGGCAUACAUGCCCAAGGCUUGACUCACUUAUCAGACCACAUCGAGCUUGAAAUAUUUGAGGAACUAAAACUUACUUUCCCUGUUCAACCGAGUGGAUGUAUGUCAAGCAAUCUGCUUUUCGCUCCAAAUACUGUAACAAAAAUCCGAACCAAUAAAGAUGGGGACUAUCCUGUCUCUUACAGUGUUCUUGGUGAUCCAUCGACAAGCCCUAUCCCUCACAGCUCAACGGUUAGCGCUUCUUCUGUUCUCAGUGUCAACAAGGAUGGUUCAGUGACAACUGGAAAUGUGUUCGGCCGCUCCAUUGUGGUUGCUCACUCAACUGAAAGUUCAGGACUAGAACAAUCGGUAGCAUUUAAUAUUGAAGUUAAGCCUGUACAUUAUUUGAUGUUGAAUGUACGAUCUAAAUUAGUUGUCGGAGAAGAUGAAACCAUCUAUCAACUUCCGCGCGGAAUAAACUUAGAAUUUUUUGUCUCAUAUCAUGAUAAAGACGGCACUGAGUUCACUUCGGUGAGCUCAAUUUUGAAGAACCAGGUUAAUCGCUUUGAUUUGACCCAGUUUGGAAGAGGCAGCUCGAAUAAUUCAUUGAAAGUCGACUUGAUUGAAGCUGGAGAAACAGUUUUAAAAGUUUGGGAUGAAGCAACUCCUUACAAGUCAGGAGAUUUUGUCAAGUUAUCCGUCGACUACAUCUUGUUCCCAACUAAAAGCACAGUAACCGUUGGAGAAAUUAUUUGUUUCUCUAUGCCAAUGCUUCAAAAAAGUGGACAGUUUGGAUCUUGGAGCUCUGCUGACCCAGAAAUACUGUCUGUCACCAACAACGGUCUUGGUAGAGUAAAAAAUAAACACGGCACUGUAGUUGUAUCCUAUCAGUGUCCACCAUCUCUUGUUGCCACAACUGUAAUUGAGGUUCUUCCGUUACACACUUUGGCCUUUAUACCAGUGCUUAACAGAAACAUAAGCAAUGCAAGAUUAGAAAAACCAUUCACAGCGCCUUUAUUGCUUCUUAGUGAAAAGGAUUCAUAUGUCAAAAGUAGCAACCUAAUAGCCAAAGAUGAAGAUAAAUGUCAUACAUUCAACUACACUAGUGCGCAUUAUCCUUUCCAGUGCUUUGUGAAACUUGUAGAUCCUAACAUACCAGUUGAUAUCCGUGACAUCUUUAAUGUGUAUCCACAUUUCGAUUUUCAAACAGGCCUCUACUCUUGUUUAUUUGAACCUGUCAAAUUCCCAGCAACGAACAUAACACAUCUGCUGGCUAAUCUAUCUGUCUGGGCGGUGUCUGGUAAUAUUGAGUCAGACCCAAUAAUUUACUCCUUUUACUCUGCUAUUACAGUAGAAACAUCGUCUAUGACACUGACUGAAAAGAACUUCAAAGACACUUUCGCUAUCUCUGGUUUACCACAAGUUUUGAGCCAAGUCUCUAUCAUUGGUUAUGAAGAACUGUAUCUAACUAUUACAAAACGUGACAUUAAUCCAGAGGAAAAGUCUGUUAUUGUCUUGGAUAUUCAGCUGAAUGAAGUGUACUGGCGUGCUAAUAGAAAUAAAGACCUGGACACUAGCUUCAGUAUUGAUUCUCCAGUCACUGGUCAGCUGAUCAAAAUUCCGAUUUUCAUUAGACUGUCAAAUCAGCAGCACUACGCAGCUCCGUGCAUGAUUUCUUAUCCGUUUGCGGAGCCUAAUUACUUUUGGUCAGACGUGAAGUCCCUUUUCCCCAUUAUCCUCUCCAUAGUAUUUUGUUCAUUGGUUUCAUUCUAUAGCUUUUGCAAGUCAAAGGGGUACUCCAUCGGCUUAUUUGCUGAACCUGGGGGAGCUCCUCCAAAGUUCACAGAAACAAAAGCGCCUCCUGCCCAACCACGAAGGUCUCAAUCACCAGGGCGGAGAUUGUACGUCCAUCGUACGCCUUUUGAAUCAACUCCAAUUUAUGGAAGUCCAAAAUUAACACCUUCAUCCAGGAGCACAUCUACUUUUUCUGGGAGUCCUUUCUUCGUUAAUGAAUCGACGUAGCAUUUGACAGUAUUAAACAAUUAACAAAGUUUGGUUGUGAUCACAUAUUUUGAGAACAAAACGUCAACUGUUCUAAAACUCAUACCCAGCAUUCACUGUGAUAUUUAGGUUUCAAGUUAUUUUAUCCAGUUUGAGUGAUUAAAUUAGUACUCUCUCUUUACUUCUAGGUAUGUAAUUUUUCUUGACUAAUUUAUUUUUCCUCAAGUCUCCUUUUCAAUGUGAAACUUUUAACUUGAUGCGAUAAUUUCUUUUAUAACUAAGAAUAUUAAUAGUAGACCAUACGUUUGUUUUGGAUUUUUAGACUACAAAAUAAGCUAAGAAAAUGUACGCCCUAAAGUUUCUUGGACUUCAUUUACCUCAUCCUUGAAUGUCUCACUUUAAUUUUGCUCAGCUCUUAAAUUUAUUUAUAUUGAAUCCUAUUUCUCAUCUAUUGUUUUGCUUCAUUCAUUUAUUUUUAAGGCUUUAUAGAAUGCUUAAUUUGUAUUUUCUCUUAUGAUCUUUCUUUAUUUUAUUUCUUAUGGAAAUAAUGCAGGUUUUUUAAGUCAUCAGUUACCUCUAACAGAAUUUGUAAUUUACUCUGUUCAUGGCAAUGUAAAGCUUGGCUAAAGUUGCAUCAAGAGAAUCAGUGCACAGAAAUUCUUUUGAGGGACUAUGCUAGUGUGCCCUAAACUUGAGCUCAAACUGUGGUGGUUGCCUCAAAUUUUGACAGUAUAAUCGUCUGCUUUCUGUCAUGAAGCAUAUUCUCUGUUGCAUUGCUCAAAAUCUUUCUCCAAUUUAGCUCAUGUAAAAGUCAUAAAAAAUUCUCAUCUCAACGAAAAUUCAAACAACCUUGAUGAACUAACUUUCUCAACAUAGCUGCCAUGUUCAGUCCAUUCAUAAUUUACUUUGUUUCCAUCAGAACAUUUUUUUUUUUUUUUUUCAGAACAUUUUUGUUAAAUUGUUUAUUGUUUUCUUCUUUUUUUCUCCAUUUAGUUUUUAGGCCUUUACUUAAUUUUUCUUGUAGAAUUAGAUGCAGUUACAGCAUCAUUUUAUGGAUGCCUCUGUGCUGUUUAGGAAUAUUGACUUCAUGUUUAAGCUCAGGGACUAGAAUCUUUUGAAUUUCACAAUAGGCCAUCAGACGUUUAUUUUAACAGACUAGAAAAUCCUAUUCAAACGGUUUCCAAUAUUUUAAUCCUUUCAUUUCACAGCUGUAAGUUCCUUAAAUAUUUCCAGAAAUUUGUCUGGACCAUUUAAUUGUAAAAUAGGAAGCCAAAAUGAUCCAUCUGUUUUUACUUCUUUUUGUAAGGCACAAAUGAUUAACGAUCAGAGAAGAAGCCUCAUUUAUUUGCAUUUUCAAAGUCAAUGUGUGUCAGUUCAUUCUUUUUAGUGUCUCCCUCAUGGACAAUCCAUUGAAUUCGACAAGGAACGAAUCCUUGUCAAAGCCAACCAUCAGAACUGAAUCAGUCCGGCCUGACAUUUGAUUUUAGACCAAGUGAACCUGCCAAUUUAUUUUUACAAUGGAUUAGGCUACAUUGUCCUAGCUCCCCGAGGGGCCGAUGCUGACAUUAAUGUUCACAAAAAUGUUAACUCUCUUGUUGAAUGAGAAAGUUUACGUUUCUUUAUCCAUUCUAUUUUUUUCCCCUUCUUUGCUCCUUCGGGUUGGACCAUCAGCAAAAAUGUAAAUUCAAGCCUGUAGGAUGAAAAUAAAAUUUCUGAGAGCAAAAUUAAUGGCAUUUACAUCGUGCUAUCAGGGUCAACUUGGUCUUUGAUGAUAAAUGAGUCUGUGUCUAGUUGCAAGUCAUUAUAAACAUUUUCUAGAACUGUUUUUUGUGGAUAAGUCAGAAACUACCUAGUGUGCAUCAAUUUGUGUUUUUGUUUAUUUUCAUGCUUGCACAUUAUGCAAAGAACAGGCUGAAAAAGGGUUUUGAAGUUAUUUCAUAGUAUUUUUAAUUUACCUAUGUAUAAAAUAUCUUUGUACUCCCAAGUACUAUUUUACUAAAUUUGUGUUCUGAAAUGGUGUUGUUAAGCCACUUAGUUUUUCUGCGGAACACAUCGUUUCACCUUUUUAAAAUGCCAUUCAAGUGUUAAUCAUUAGUCGUUCGCCAAAUGUAGAAUGCAUCAAGUUACUAUGAUUCAUGUGUAAAUGCAAGUCUCAGUGUUUUAGUUUUUCUCAAACUUUGUGCCUGCAAUUUUAUAAGACAUGUUAUCUUUUAAGAAUACACUUUUGAUGAAAGGUUCUGUAGUGAUAUGAUUAAUGAAAUUAAUUUGUAAAUGUUUCUCAGAAAAUCAAAAAAAUUUAAUAUAUAUUUUUGAAUAUUCAUUAGCUAAGAUAAGAUUGCUCAGGACUCCAGAAGGAGUAUUUGCAUUGAUUUGUCCAACGAUAAAUGUAAAUAGUCUUCUGAUCUUGUCAUAUUUUUCUAGUUUUAUUUAAUUAGACUGUAACUAAUUUUAGAUGUAGCACUGCAAUAUUUUUAAGUUUCCAUUUGCACACUAUUCCAAUAGGAAAAUUCAGCUGAAGUGCUGUUUGAGUAACUGAUGACUCUCUGAAAAUAUUUUAGAAAAUGCUUAAACGGACAAAAAAAUCCAAUGACUUGAUAUCUGAGGUUCUUUCUUGAGUUUCUCUCAUUGUAAUUAAAUACCAGGUACGCUUUUCGUUGGAUCCCAAAAUUUGAAAAUCAAAAUGUGAAGAAGAGAAAAUGAAAAAAAAAAAUGAAGGCUCCUUUCCUCUAACUUUUGCCUAAAUGAGGCAAAUUCAUUUUGUCUUACAAUUACUCAUACCGUACUCCUCUUUUUCACUAGUUUUUUAAUUAUUUUCUUUAUGUUUUUGUAGGGCUGAAAUAAUGAGGUAAAGAGUAAACAUGGGAAAUGCUUAGCUUGAGUUAGGGACAGGAAGUAAAAAAGAAGAAAAGAUUGUCCAUGAUUUGGUAAUUUUGUAUUUAAUAUUAGUUAUAGAAAA